AUGAGCUGGUUUGAUACUUCGGGAAUAGCGAUCUUAGCCAAAAAUGCACUUAAAGAAGCUCAAAAACAAAUUGAUAAAGCACUUGAUAUAAAAGAUGACGAAGAAGCAACGGAUUUGGAUGCGAAUAGAAGCAGUGACAAAAACACCACAUAUCAGAAGGAUGACUCAAGCUCCCCGUUGACUGAGUCGAUAGAGGUGAUAACACCAGCUACUAUUCCUGGCACUGCUUUAACUUCAUCAUGUCAACCGUCCUCAAAUAUGAACAUGAUACAUGGUAAUAGAAAUUCAGAAUCAGUUAAUUCGAUUUGCAACAUUGAAACUAAAUCAGGUUUUAUAACAAUUCAAACAAUCAUUACAUUAAACCUUUUACCAGAGCAUCUCGGUGUGAAUAAUGAAGAAAACUGCGUAAAUGAUGAUCCUAUUUCUUACACACUCUCAGAACAACCAAGUAUUGUUGUGGAAACAGCUAGAUGUUUAUCACCUAUUACUGUUGCACCCAGUAGGAGUAGUCAUCACAUUUCUCAUGCUCCAAAUUCAUCAACGAAAGGUAAUUUAAAGAAUUAUCAAGAGUAUUCGAUUGAUAAAUUGAAUUUAGGAGUGCAGGCAUUGAAUGACAAUACCAUUUUGGAUAAAAAUUAUGAACACAUAGAAAUUCAUAUGCAAACAUCUGAGUUGACACAUAGUUUCGAAGAGGUCCAUAAAAACAAAAUCCAUACAAAUAUUUUUGGUGGCACAAAAGCGCAGUGCCGGGAAAACUUAUUCUAUUUUACCGAUGCAAAUAGUCAAUGCGCUAUUCCAGAAAUUUGUAACAACUCUUUUCAAAAUUUAAUCGAUGAUGAGAUUGAAACAACUACAUCUUCUGAUAUUGAAAUCAUCUCUAGCCCAAACGGGGGUGAUUCUAGUAGUACACACAGUGGUGUUUUUCAUGCAAGUCCUCACAAGAUUGCCGAAGGAAAAGGUGAAAACAUUGAUUUGUUGCUGUCAAAAAAACAUCGUCGCCACAUACGUGAACCAUCCGAAAUUUCAAUAAUAAGUGGUAAUAGCGAUGAAUCUGAACAGUUAUCAGAAGUAGAUCUUUUAAUGCGACGGUUUGUCGAGGUGUCAGAAUCACUCGAACAACGCGAAUAUCGCUUGGUUGAACUAGGUCGAAAAAACGCGGAAUUGAAUGAACAAAAUGCCCAGUUAUUAACACUAUUGGAGAGUAAAGGAAUGAGUGACGUCUCAUCCGAUCCAGAUGGAUAUAUGCAUCGUCUAUCCGCACUCGAACGAAAGUUCCAACUAUCAAUUCGCGAGAAAGAACAAUUAAAAAGUGAUAUUGACACACUUCGAGUAGAAGCCCAACAAACGAUUGCACGUAACGAAGUGGAAAAAGUUCUUAUGGAACGUGACGCAAUGAUUACUGAACUUCGAACAGAAGGUGAAAUUUUAUCAAAGCAAGUUUUGCAACAUUCGAAUAUUAUCAAGAAGUUACGCUCAACAGAAAAAGAGAAUGAUGUGUUGAUACGUAAGCAACGGGAUGAGUUAAUAAAACUGGUAGAAGAAGCAGAGCGGCUCAAACGAUCCUUAUCAGCUAAAGAAGAAGUAGAAAGAUCACAAAUCGACGCUGUGCAUAAAUUGACCUCGGAAAAAAAGAAAUUAGAAUGCGAUUGCACUACUCUUAAUGGUUAUUUGGACGACCAGGUACAGAAAUAUGAAACACUUCGAAAGUCGUUCGAUUUUGCGCGAAAAGAAUUUAAUGACAGAUCAGAUUUAAUUCAAGAUAUCCAAAAGCAAUUAAAUGUAUUGAAAAGUGUGGAGGCUGACUUUGAAAUGGUGAAAGCAAAAAACUGCCAUCUAACGGAGCAACUGGAAUAUGUUAGAGAACAAUUCCAUCGAACUGGUCUUGAUUAUGAACAGCGCCUAAUUAAAACAAAGAAUGAACAUACUGAAUUGCUGUAUCGUCUUGAGGCAGCAGAGACACGUCUCGAGGAGGAAAAAAAUGCUUCCGUUUUACUGACUAUCCCGUUAAUGAAGCAGAUUGAAUCAAUACAGAAUACAAUGCGAUACAAAGAACAUGCUUGGGAACAACAAGAUUCUACAUUUUAUCAACAGCUAGCUGAUAUGUUAACACGUGUUGAAUUAUUAAGCGAAAAAGAGCAGAUUCAACGUGAUAAUCUUAGUACAAUGCAUCAACGCAUCGUAAAUCUAGAAUCUCGGUUGGUAAAU